CACUGUUGUUUAAAAUUAUCAUCCAAAGGAUUCAGCAUUUCAUUGUACAUUUCAUCUAAUUCCCAGCGCUCACACACACACUUAAAAGCCGCUGGUCUCCACCUGCUUCAGAGGGUGGACACAGGUGUUACUGUGUGUGUAUCAGCACCUGCCGGCGGCAUGGCCUCAGCAUGGUCUGAAGAGGAGACCUUCAUCUGCUCAGUCUGCCUCGACACCCUGAAGGACCCGGCCACUCUGCCCUGUGGCCACUCAUACUGCUUAGCUUGCAUUCAGGGUCACUGGGACAGGGGGGGCAGCAAGGGCCAGUACAGCUGCCCACAGUGUAGGCAGGUCUUCAACCCUCGACCCUCACUGGCCAGGAGCACCGUCCUCAUGGAGGCUAUGGAGAAACUCAGAGCUGGCAGCUUCAAGCAGACGUCCAUUUCCUCUGCCCCGCCAUCGAUGCCUGUCUACCUGGACGUCCUACCUGAUACUGGGGCGAUGGCUCCUCAGCGACAGGGGAGUGUGUACCCUCAGCUCCCCACAGUGGCCCGUGGAUGCUGCCAUCAACACCAGCGACCCCUGGACCUGUUCUGCCAUGAUGACAAAGAGAGUGUGUGUGAGGAGUGUUGUCAGCAUGGACACAAGGGUCAUCGGGUUCUCAAAACACAGGAGGAGAGGGCACAGAGACAGACCGAGCUUGUUCAGAUGCAGGCAGAUGUACAGAGGAGAAUCAAGGAGACUGAAAAGGAGAUUAAUGAGCUCCCACAAACCGCCCGUCAACAUAAGGCCUCAGUCCAGGCUCUUCAGAAGGAGAGUGUGGAUUUGUUCUCAGAGCUGGUGAAAAGUGUGGAGCUCAUGGGCACCCAGGUUGGUGAGCUGCUCAGUAAUCAUGAGACCUCCCUGGGCAGCCGGGCUGAAGGGCAAAUCCAAAGGCUGGAGCAGGAGGUGGCACAGCUCCACAGGAGGAGUGAGGAGCUGAAGUGGCUGGCUGACAUGCAGGACCAUAUCUGCUUCCUGAAGAACUUCCAGAUGCUGGAGCCACUGGGCCAGAGUGGGACCAGAGAAGAGGCGGGCCUGUGUCAAGAAGAGGCAGUGGUCGCUUCAAUCCGCUCUGCCAUGAAGGAGCUCAGCGACUCACUACAGGACGUCUGCAAAGCCAGCCUGGCCAAGAUCUUCAGAGUGGUGAAUGAUGUCUCCAUGGCUCCAGCAGCCAAUGGUGUGGCAGCAGCAGCUGACAGCAGUCAGGCCAACGCACAAAACACAGUUUAUGAGAUGACAACAAACCUUCCACCUUCCGCCCCUCCACGACCUCAUGCGUCGGCCACUCCUCCACCCCUUCCUCCUCCCCGAGUACAAGCACCUCCCAUGACAACACUGGGACUUGUUAGUCCAGAGCCCAAGACCAGAGAAGAUUUGCUGAAAUUUCGCUGUGAGCCCACCAUGGACCCCAACAGUGCAUAUCGCCAUGUGCUGCUGUCAGAGGGGGGUCAUAAAGCCACGCUGCGGGCGGAGAACGUAAACCCAACAGACCAUCCUGAACGCUUCCACUUCUGGAGACAGGUCCUCUGCAGAGAGCCCCUGGCCGGCAGCCCCUAUUACUGGGAGGUGGAGUGGACCGGACAGAAGAUGACCGUCGGUGUGGCCUACAAAGAGAUGGAGCGUAAGGGUUCAAAUGACCAGAGCCGUCUGGGCCACAAUGCCAUGUCCUGGAGCUUGUACUGGUCUGGGACAGGCUUCUCCUUCUGGCAUGGCGGCCAGGAGACCCUGUUGGGCUCACCCAUGGCCCGACAUAUUGGUGUCUAUUUAGACCAGCAUGCUGGGGUUCUGGCCUUCUACCGCAUCACUAACAACCAGGCCUACCUCAUCCACCGGUACCAGACCCAGUUCACUGGACCGUUAUACCCAGGGUUCAGGUUCUGGACGGGAGUGGGAACCACGGUGACUGUGUGCCAACUGGACUGAUCUUUACCUGGACGAUGGCCUGUUAUGAAACCUCCGUCCAUGCUGGAAACAGGCCAUUUAUGCAUAACGCUUCCAGUACAAUCUGCAUAUCUGUUUGGAUUUUGAUGAAUACCAGAAAACAAAUAACUUUUUAGCAGUGACACUGUGCUGUACAGGAGUUCAUCCUAGCCUUUUUACUGUCUACCUAAUGAGGCUCUUAUUCAGAUUUUCUUUGUACAUCAGCAUCUAUUCACUUUUUCAUGUAAACUAAAAAAAUGUUAUCAAUAAAGGAAUGAGAAACAGAAACAAAA